CCCUCAACUUCGAACAAUCACAACGCUCAACUCCAGUCGCUCGUUCCCCCAAUUCGCAAUACAGCACCUUCACCAUGGCACCCGAGGCGAACAAGAACAAGUACUCCAUACUUUUGCCCACAUACAAUGAGCGACGCAACCUCCCUAUUAUAACAUGGCUGCUCAACAAGACAUUCACUGAGAACAACCUCGAUUGGGAACUUAUCAUUGUCGACGACGGCUCUCCAGACGGCACCCAAGAAGUCGCCGCCCAGCUCCAAAAAGUCUACUCCCCCGAACGCAUCCAGAUCCGCGCACGCGCAGGCAAAUUGGGUCUCGGCACGGCCUACGUUCACGGCCUACAAUUCGCAACCGGCAACUUCGUCAUCAUCAUGGACGCGGAUUUCUCCCACCACCCCAAGUUCAUCGCGCCCAUGAUUGCGCUCCAAAAGACGAAGAACUACGACAUUGUUACCGGAACGCGGUAUGCGGGCAACGGCGGCGUCUACGGCUGGGACCUGAAGCGCAAGUUUGUUAGCAGGGGUGCGAAUCUGUUCGCGGAUACUGUCCUCAGGCCCGGCGUGAGCGAUCUCACGGGCUCCUUCAGGCUGUACAAGAAGGAGGUUCUGCAAAAGGUUAUCCGGAGCACAGAGAGCAAAGGAUAUACGUUCCAGAUGGAGAUGAUGGUACGUGCAAAGGCUAUGGGAUGCACGGUUGGCGAGGUUCCAAUCUCGUUUGUUGAUCGUCUUUACGGCGAGAGCAAACUUGGUGGCGAUGAGAUUGUAGAGUAUGCCAAGGGUGUGUUGAAUCUGUGGUUGAAGGUCUAGAGGGCAGGGAAAGGUUGAUUGGCAUUGAGUAACGUAGGAUGGGUCUCAAGAUAUCCUAGGCUGGACUGGAUUGGACUGGGUGAGAGAUAUGACACUACCCUUGAAUCUUUCUUUUCUUUGUGUGUCUUGAUAUAAACUUUUAAAUGAUAAUUUUCUCAUCGCCCUAGACUUCAUCUUGUACAGCGACUGCGAGCCUUCUCCCAUUCUCAAGCAUGCAAACAAAACCUUUUGGAUCCGAUCUCACAUCAAUCUACAAAACCAACUCGAAUUCCUUCGUAGAAAACAACCAUGCUCAUACUCCACUCCCGUCAAUCACUCUACAAGCCCCAACGCCCGAACCACCUCGCCAAACUGC